GAUAAUGGCGAUGACCGGUCCGAGAGCAUCCUUGCUGAGAACCACGUGGAUGGCACCACAGGGAUCCUGAGCGGAGCCGGCGGGAGGAAGCCUAUGAAGACGGGCAUGAAAGAGCUGGCGGUUAUGAGGGAGAAGGUGAAUGAGCAGCAGCGGCAGAUGGGCAAAGUUGGCAAACCCCAUCACAACCAUGAGGACUCGAAGAAGUCACGGCUGUCGACGAGCAGGACCCCUUGCCAGCAGGAGCUGGAUCAGGUCCUGGAACGCAUCUCCACUAUGCGGCUGCCAGAUGAGCGAGGUCCCCUGGAGCACCUCUACUCCCUCCACAUCCCCAACUGUGACAAGCAUGGCUUGUACAAUCUCAAACAGUGCAAGAUGUCGGUGAAUGGGCAGCGUGGCGAGUGCUGGUGCGUGGACCCCAUCCAUGGGAAGGUGAUCCAGGGAGCACCCACCAUCCGUGGGGACCCCGAGUGCCACCUCUUCUACACAGCCCAUGAGCAGGAGGACCGGGGAGCACAUGCCCUGCGGAGCCAGUAGAUGGACGUGAUCCUGGUUGCUGGAGGCAGCUCGCCGUGGCCCCAGUGCUGGAUUUUACAUGGGUUUCAGCAUGUCUCUUUAGGCUCUGGAAGAGACUGGAGUUGGGUCCUGCGUGCUGCCCUCCUUCCCCUCCUGCCUGGCUCCUGUGGAGGGGAGGGAUAAUGGGAGGGGAAGGGUGGUGGGGAUAUUGCAAGGAGAAGGGACUGCUUUCCUAUAGUCUUUCACCCAACAUAAGCCAGAGAACCAGUCUUUUUUGCUCCUCACCCCGCAGCCCUGCCCCCCCUGGUGCUUCGCGG